UUCAAAUAAAAUUUUGGGGACCUGCAAAUCGACCGUCGGAGUCCGAAAAUAUGUAAAGCCAUCCGUCAAUUUGCAAAAUCCUCUUCUUCCUCAAUUUCUAAAACCCUAGUACACAUCAUUCACUAACACUACGCAAAAUCAACAAAAUGUCGACCUCAAUUUUAUCAAUAAUGGCUAAAUCAAUCAGAAUCACCAAUCCCACGCUAACUCCAUCUCAUUCUUUCCGCUACCGUAUGCUUUGUACCAGUGUCGCCACCGCUCCCGAACAAUCUCCUUCAGACGCCGCCUCCUUCACUUUCUCCAAUGACAACCCUAGAGAAGAGCCUGUUUUCAUUAAGGCCCCACGUUCUAAUUCGUCAUCCCCUUCCAGCUCCUCCGUCACGAUGCCGACCUCGUUCAUGACUGGUUCCAUUGUGGGUAAGCGCUUUUACCAGAAAGUCACUACGAGGGAAGCGGAUGAUGGGAAUGGAUGGACGGUGAUGCUUGAUUACCGGACGCUUAAGACUCCUACCAAGAGGCCUCUGAAGCUACCGACUCUCGGCCUCGCCAAGGCCGUUGCUGCUGAGUGGGAAUAUCAGGAAACAGAUGGGAUUAGACCCUUCACAAUGCCUCUAAUGAAAUUGGCCUGUACCGCUUUGGAAAGAGUGCCUCUAACCCGGCCCAAGAUUAUCGAACAUUUGAUGGGGAAAUUCAAUCGUGAUCUGGUUUUCUGUCGUGCUCCAGAGGACGAUUUAACAAGUGGAGUUUAUGAACGACAAGUGGAGAAAAUCGAUCCUUUACUUGACUGGGUGCAUUCAGAAUUUGGCUUUAAGCCUAUUGUAUAUUCCAGUCUUUUUGGUGGGAAUCAGGAGGACGGUCUUAUAAAGGCUGUUGAAGAUCUUCUGAGAAAAACCGAUGACUGUGAAUUGGCAUCAAUCGAUGCCAUCGCGUCAGCCGCACACUCUUUAAUAAUUGCUAUUGGAAUUUUUCGUGGAAAGUUGCAGAUCGAAGAAGCAAUUGAGUUGAUUAGACUCGAAGAAGAUUUCCAGAAAAAUUGAUAAAAUGUUUGCAGGUGGAUAAGUGGGGUCUGGUUGAAGGUGGUCACGAUGUCGAUAUUGCUGAUCUACAGGUUCAGAUCUCAUCUGCCACAGUAUUUCUUGCUCUUUCGAGGAGGUUUUGAGUUCAUUUAUCUGAUUACUUUCUUAUUGUGCACUGAGAGCGAGGAUGGUGCCUUUUUUUGUUUCUGUCUCUUGUUGUAGAUCCAAAAGCAUUCCUAAAUUAUAUUGUAAGACUUUUUUUCUAGGCAUACGAUAGCUGUGAGCAGUUGAGAAAAUAAUUAUAUUUACUGUAAAAGAAUGGAUAGGUUAUUUUUGUAAACAUUUCUCUAUGGCCAAGAAAUAACAAAGUAUUUAGAUGCCUCUGAUUUUGAUA